AUGGCAGACAAUUCCUUUCAUGGCUUUCUAGCAGGAGCUGUUGGAGGUAUAGCCGUGGUGUUAGUUGGUUAUCCGUUCGACACGGUUAAGGUCAUUCAGCAGACAAGGUCAGAUGUCAGACUCCCUGCCAUCCUCUCCGGAAUCUACAGAAGUAAACUUUCUGACGGCUUACUGAGGGGACUUUCCUGGCCACUGUGUACUGUCAUCUUCACCAACUCCGUGUUCUGGGGAGUAAACAAUGCAGCGUUGAAACUGUUAACUCAAGGACACCACACAGCAGACGUCGACAGCCGGUACCGCUAUGUCGCCGGGUGUAUUGGCAGUCUGGCGGAAAUGACGUUUGUCAUUCCAGUGGAUUACGUCAAAGUGGUUCUCCAAUCACAAGCUGCAUCAUCGCAUUGGCAGAAUAAUAUAGCCUGUGGCAAAACUAAGUACUUUCGUGGUCCUUUGGAUGUUGGGCUGCACGUACAACGAAAACAGGGUCUUGUUGGGUUUUACAAGGGGGCAUCGCUGAUGAUCUGUCGCGAGGUUCCCCUAGGAGGCCUUUUUAUGGUCAACUUUCAUCAAGUGAAACGUUUUCUCCAGGACCGGGGCCUGACGGACUCUCGGGGAUUGGUGGCCGAUAGUGUCAGCGGAGGGUGUGCCGGGUGCAUUAACUGGGGCGUGGGUAUGCCGUUUGACGUGAUCAAGAGCCGUUACCAAGGUGAUAUGGUGACAUAUGACUAG